AAACCGGAGAGAAUCCCCCAAAAAAUGAUAUGUAGACUGUGGCGGAGCUGGGAGCGAGCGGGACGCUGAGGGAAGAAAAAGAAGUGAGAAGAGGAGCUCCGUUUGCUCGCUGUGCCAGUGCGCAGACAAUUACGCACGCUUGCCACUUUGGAUGCUCCAGCGCGGACUUUUUGUGCCUCUUGUGGAAAUGGAGCCGCAUUCUUGAGUCAGUCUCAAGAAGGCAUUUGUUCUCACUAGUUGAUGAGAGCAGUGAGAGCCGCUCAGGCUCCGUUUCCUGUGUUCGCCAGCGCGUUGCAGCUGGGCUGAAGAAGCCCCGCAGGGCUGCCUGAGCACCGGUCCUCCUCCUCCUCCUCCGCUUGAAGCCCCACAGCCAGCCCGCUGCCAAAGUCGGUGGGAGAGAGAGAAAAAGAUAAUAAUGUGCGACCUGAUGCCAGCCUCUCAGCCCCCGGAGAAAAUGGGCAAAAUGAAAAAGUUGAGGAGAACUUUGUCAGAGAGUUUCCGGAGUAUCGCUUUCAAGAAAGAGGACAGCAGCUUUGAUGAGAUAUGUGUCACAAAGAUGUCCACACGCAGCUGCCAGGGAACAGACUCUGUCAUCAAGCCCCUGGACACCAUCCCUGAAGACAAGAAAGUGAGAGUUCAGCGCACGCAGAGUGGCUUCGACCCGUUUGAGAAGCCCGCCAGUCAGGUGAAAAGGGUCCACUCUGAGAACAAUGCCUGCAUCAACGCCAAGAGCUCAACUGCUGGCAAAGAGUCCCCCAAAUUGCGCCGCCACUCCAGCCCUAGUUCUCCCACCAGCCCCAAAUUUGGAAAGGCAGAUUCCUAUGAAAAGCUGGAGAAACUGGGAGAGGGUUCAUAUGCUACAGUUUACAAAGGAAAGAGCAAGGUGAAUGGAAAACUAGUGGCUUUGAAGGUGAUUCGACUACAAGAAGAAGAAGGAACACCCUUCACAGCCAUAAGGGAAGCAUCUCUUCUGAAAGGCCUGAAGCAUGCUAACAUUGUCCUCCUUCAUGACAUCAUCCACACCAAGGAAACCCUAACUCUGGUUUUUGAAUAUGUGCACACAGACCUGUGUCAGUAUAUGGACAAACACCCUGGAGGACUGCAUCCAGACAACGUCAAGCUCUUCCUGUUCCAGUUGCUGAGAGGUCUGUCCUACAUCCACCAGAGGUACAUUCUUCACCGUGACCUGAAACCCCAAAACCUCCUCAUUAGCGACACUGGAGAGCUGAAACUCGCCGACUUUGGCCUGGCCAGGGCCAAGUCGGUCCCCAGCCAUACCUACUCCAACGAGGUGGUGACCCUGUGGUACCGGCCUCCAGAUGUCCUGCUGGGAUCCACAGACUACUCCACCUGCCUGGACAUGUGGGGAGUGGGCUGCAUUUUCAUUGAGAUGAUCCAAGGAGUGGCUGCAUUUCCUGGGAUGAAGGACAUCCAAGACCAGCUGGAGAGGAUAUUCCUGGUCCUUGGCACUCCCUCUGAGGAUAUGUGGCCUGGUGUUAACUCCCUGCCUCACUUUAAACCAGACCGCUUUACAGUGUACAGCGCAAAGAAGCUCAGACAAGCUUGGAAUAAGUUGGGCUAUGUGGACCAUGCUGAGGAGUUGGCCUCCAAGUUCCUCCAGUGCUUCCCAAAGAACCGGCUGUCAGCUCAGGCAGCACUGAACCAUGAAUACUUCAGCAACCUUCCUCCACGGCUCUGGGAGCUGCAGGACAUGUCUUCUAUCUUCACCGUACCAAAUGUCAAGCUGCAGACAGAGAGCGGGGACAGCAUACAGGUGUGUGCACGAAGGAACAGUCAUGGAAAGGCAUCCUCUGGCAGCAAACACUGACCUGAGGCAGCAUCCUGCACACGACUGCCUGACAGGUGGCUGUUGUGGAAAAGAAAAGACGAAGAGAGACGCUGACAUUGAGGAUCCAGAGACACGAAAGAGCCCCAGUUCUCUUUAUUUAUUACCUUCACGAUACGUGUGUGUGUGUGUGUGCGCGCAGGUGUGGCUGUGCAUCAGGAAGAGGACGAGCAUAGAGCAUGUGUGCAUUCUGAUCGGUACCUAAGAUUUAAGGCUAUCAUUUGCAAAUUUUGUUUACUUUUUAUAAGGUUCCAAUAAUUCAUAUAUCAUUGUCUAAGUAUAAACAAAAGGACUUCACUCUUGGUACAUAUUGUGUUUUGUGUUUGUAACUAGCCUCCUAUUUAAGAAUGUAUAUUUGUAUGUAUGAUAUACUCAUCUAGAAACUAUAUAAUGGACAGUUUUAAUAUUGCUUCAUCUCGUCACCACUAUACUGCUCGUGCCAUUAAAUCCAUGCACACGAGCAUCUCUGAAACAGAAGUAAUGCAGUCACUUCAAAGAAAACAACGAAUGCUAAAGUUUUUCAUUUCUGUUUAUCUCUCAUUUGUGGAAUUAUAGGAAAAAACCGUGAUAAUGACGUCAUAAUAAUGACGCUAUAAUAAUGACGCUAUAAUA